GACUUUCUUGUUGUACACUCCUUCUUUCUUUCUUUCUUUGUUUUGUUGUUGAGGGUUUUGAGGGUUUUAUUAGUGGGUGUGUCUUAAAACUAAUUUUAACUCUUUCAGUAACACACCCACACACACACACACACACACACACACACACACACACAGAGCGUUGUGGCCGGAGUGGUGUGUGCUUCCUGGCUUAUUGUGAAGUGGGCCAUUCAGACCGAGGGGCCAAAUGGGGCAGGAAGUGUGAGACUGCCCCCCAUCUACCCCCAACAUCCCCCUCUUUACUUCAGCAUGAGGAACAUUUCUCGCCUUCUCCUGCCACAUCCUGUUAGCAACACCAGCUUCUUUAUCCUUAUCGCUCUGUCAUGAGCUUUUAAAAAUUUUUAUUAUACCGCAACAGGGACCUGGAGGUGUGUGUGUAUCUGUGUGUGUGUGAGUGAGAGAGAGUGAGAUGGACCCUUACUGGAUUAAAUGGAGUUUUUUAAAGUCAGAGAAAUGUUGGAAACGUGUGGAUCAUUAACGGGUUAACGAUAUGGAGACCUCAUCACCACGGCGACGCCGCCGUUACCAUGACGGUUCCCUGACUCGACGACGGCAACGCUGUUAUGAGGUGGAGGCAAAGGAGGCAUGUGAUUGGCUGAGAGCAGCAGGGUUCCCGCAGUAUGUGCAGCUCUAUGAAGCCUCUCUCUUCCCCAUCGAUAUCUCCUCGGUCAGGAGGGAUCAUGAGUUUUUGGAUCAUGACUCGGUGCGAGCGUUAUGCAGGAGAUUGAUGACUUUGAACAAAUGCGCCACUAUGAGUCUGGAAGUUCACUUCCGCUGCAAACAGAGCGAGGAUUCCGAGGAGGAUGAUGCGUGUGCGCUGAGCUCCCGUUGGGCGUUUCAGCGUGACAGUAAAACCUGGUCCCGCCUCCAGACCAACAUUGACGGCAUGAUGACCCUGAGGCCAUCAGCCAGCAGCGACAGCGUCCUGAGUGAUGUGACCUCGUUGACCUCUGACCUCAGCCUCAGCAGCCUGAGCCUGGACGUUGCCCGGGAAACCACUUCUCCAGAGGUCACGACCUAUAGAGAGGCCACAGAAUGCGACGGCGACGACGACUCCUCCUCUGCGCCUCGUUCUGUCCGAGAAAAAGUGAAACGUUCUUCCAGGCUCCUUUUGAGAAGGAUGGAGUCUCUACGGCGACAGAAAGAGGCGGUUGCUAAGGGCGUUUCCACGGAAACUCAUCCCCAGGAGGCGGAGUUACGUCCAGAACGUAGCUUGUCAAAAAGGACCGCGAAAGGGAUCAGUGCCGCAGUGGAUGCGGGAUGGAAGUCGCGUACGAGGCGGCAUAGCGGCGCCGACCAAUCAGCAGCUGACGUCAAGCCUCAGAGGGCGUGUCUUUAUCUGGAGGACUACCAGUUAGCAUGGGAGCGGUCCAAACUGACACAUCAGAGGAGUCACCUGGGAAUACCGGGGAGGGUCGUUCAUCUUCCUUCGGAUCACAAACCUGGAACUUUCCCCAAGUCGCUGUCCAUCGAGAGCCUUUGUCCGACUUCUUUCUCUCAGCGCGGCGACCGGAUUGGCUGGCCAAGCGAGGAUGGAGAAUUCUCAUUGGACGGCACCAGCAGUUGCCUCAGCGAAUCACAAGACUUCGUUUCACCCACACUGGGGAAACGUCAAAACUCGGUGGAUUCGAUAAGCUCGGUUUACGACAACGUCCCGAACACCUUUGUGGAUUCUCCAGAAGUUCCGGAAGUUUGCGUUCAGAGCUCGGAGGACGUGUUCGACCAUCUGGACGCCAUUUUGCAGCACAUCCACGGACUGCAGGACAACAUCGACGAGUGGUCUAACUCGCUGGGGCGACAGCUGGACGGGAGCGAAUCGAUGACAGAAAGUACGUUACCCAGCAUGCUUCAGGAUGAUGAGCGCUCGGAUUACGAAAGCGCCGGAAAUUCGCUGAACGAUGGAGACGGAGAGAGAGACCUGAGAGAACGGAGGGAUUCGGGAGUCGGAGCGUCUCUCACUCGGCCCAGCAGGAAGCUGCGAUGGCACAGUUUUCAGAAUUCUCAUCGCCCGAGCGUGACAUCAGCGUCACAGGAGAUUAACCGCCAGUCAGCGGCGCAGCUGAACCUGCUGCAGAAAUACAGCCUGCUGAGACUCACGGCCAUUCUGGAGAAACACUGCGACACGGGCAAGCACGGCCGGGGCUGGACGGUGCCGAAGUUCAUGAAACGUUCUAAAGUUCCUGAUUACAAAGACAAGCGAGUGUUUGGGGUUCCACCAAUCGUAAACGUCCAGCGCAGCGGUCAGCCCCUCCCCCAGAGCAUACAGCAGGCCAUGAGGUACCUACGGAGCCAGUGUCUCGAGAAGGUGGGAAUUUUCCGGAAGUCCGGAGUGAAAUCCCGCAUCCAGGCCCUCAGGCAGCUGAACGAUAAUUCCCCAGAUCAUGUGACCUAUCAGGGCCAAUCAGCUUACGACGUUGCUGACCUGCUGAAGCAGUACUUCAGAGAUCUACCAGAACCCAUCCUCACCUCCAAACUCACACAAACCUUCCUGCACAUCUACCAGUUCGUCCCUCAGCAGCAGAGGUUCCAGGCGGUGCAGUGUGCCGUGUUCCUCCUGCCCGAUGAGAACCGGGAGGUUCUGCAGACGCUGCUCUACUUCCUCAGUGACAUCAGCACGGCGGAGGAGAACCAGAUGACGGCACACACACUCGCUGUGUGUCUCGCUCCCUCCAUCCUGCACCUCAACACCUCCAAACGAGACGCGGCUUCACACAGGCUGAUUAGCAAACGGGGCAGAGCCAAACCAGACCACAAGGACCUGAGUGAGAACAUGGCGGCCACUGAGUGCCUGAGUCACAUGAUCACAGAGUGUAAAAAGCUGUUUCAGAUUCCUCAGGAGAUGAUGCUGCAGGCGUGUAGCUCGUACGUGUUAGCGGACGCUCAGCCGCUGCCUCUGCACGCGCUCGGAGUGAACAAACGAGGAGAGAAGGUGGACUAUCGCGUCUACCUGGAGGACAACUUGCAGUGUUUACUGAGAGAUACAGCCGAGAAGGGCAAGGGGUGGCACAGCGCAGCGGGACCUCCACACACUGAGCUCGCCUACAAGAAGGUUGGAGAUGGGCACCCGAUUCGCCUGUGGCGUGUUUCCGUGGAGAUCGAGGCUCCACCCACAGUGGUUUUGCACCGUGUGCUGAGAGAGCGCCACCUGUGGGAUGAGGAUCUGCUGCACAGCCGCGUGAUGGAGAGUCUGGAGAACAACACCGAGGUGUUUCAUUACAUCACCGACAGCAUGGCGCCUCACCCACGCCGAGACUUCGUAGUGCUCCGGCGUUGGUGUACAGAUCUCCCUCGCGGUGUGUGUGUUCUCAUCUCCUCGUCUGUCGAUCACGGCAGCGUGCAGCUGGAGGCGGGGCUUAGAGCGGUGCUUCUGACAUCACGUAUUAUGAUUGAGCCAUGCGGAAAGGGGCGGAGCCGACUAACACAUUACUGCAGAGCGGAUCUACGGGGGCGCUCUCCCGACUGGUAUAAUAAAGUGUUUGGUCACCUGUGUGCAGCGGAGGUUGCUAGGAUACGCGGCUCGUUCCCCGUUCUGACAGCAAGAGGACCCGAGACCAAACUCUGAGACUGAGGGAGUGAGCGAAGGGAGUGACGAGGCAGAGGUUUACAGGGGAAAGACUUGAUCUAAUCUGAAACCAGAUCAGACCAAAUCUGAUCACCAAAGCUUGGACCAAGCCAAACUACUCAGAUUAGACACAUAACACUGGAUCAGAAAAGUUACCAUGAUGUCAAAUCUGAUUAGACAAGAUCAAACCAGACCAGUUUUAGAUUAGACCUAAUCCAGUUAGACCCAAUUAAACCAGAUUAGACAAAAGCAAUACUUUAAAUGAUCACAUAGAAACAGAUCAGUGUCCAGAUGUACACUAUUACACAAACUACACUAACAGAGAGCAGAUCGGAUUAGAUUGGAUCAAAAAAAUUUGACCUGAUUAUAUCAAAUCAGAUUGAGGAAACUUGAAUCAGACAAGAUUGCACAUGAUCCAAACUAGAGCACCUGACUUGCUCAAGACCAUAUCUGAUUUGCUCAGAAAACAUUGAUCCAGAUCAGAAAUCAAAUGAGAUCAGACCAUAUCACAUCAGCACAGACCAGGCCAACACGUUAAACUAGAAUAAUAAAAGAUCAGAUCAAAACAGAUCAGAGGAGAAUUGACUAGAUCAAACCAGAUUACACCUAAUUAGAUGAGGAAACAUCAGACCAGAGAUUAGAUUAGAUCAUACCAAGACCAGAUCAGAAAAAAACAAGGUAAUGCCAAACCAGCUUGGAAGAGCGUAACACAUUACACUAGAUCAGAUGUGAUCAGCUCAAAAUAGAUUAGAUAUGUUUGGACAGAUCACACUGAACCAAAUUAGACAAGGACAGAUCAAACCAGAUUAGACCUGAUCAGACCUGAUUAGAUCAAUCCAGUUUAGAUCAGAAAUUGAAAUAUAAUAAACCAAAGAAUAGACCAGAUCUGGACACAUCAAAUCAUCAGAUCAGACUGGAUUACAUUACACUAGAUCAGAUCAGAGAUGAUCGGACAAGAUCAACACAAAUUAGUCACAUUGGUUUAGUUCGUAUCUCUAAACUAUAAAGUCUUAAGCUCUCUCUUUUAACACAAUAUGAAUAUUCAGUCAGCUCGCAGACCAACACUCGAGCAGCCAAUCAGAAGUCAGAUAUGUAAAUAUGUAAAUGAGCAGAUGAUUUGAAUAGGAAAGCUAUCAGGAGUCACACCGGGGGCGGAAGCUGUCCCAGAUUUAUCCCUGCAUUAUGCACAAUGGCUGUGUGUGUGUGUGCGUGUGUGUGUGUGUGCGUGUGUGUGUGUGUGUGUGUGCGUGUGUGCGUGUGUGUGUGUGUGGGUUCUCCAGGAAAUAAAUAUCAUUCUGAAAAGCAAGCAGUAUUUUUAUCACAAAUCUGAAAUUUUUUUUAUUUACACACACACACAAAAACUUACACACUUUCAACACUGUGACUGCCGCAAAUCGUGUGUGUGUGUGUGUGUGUGUGUGUGUGUGUGUGUGUGUCGGUCUGCCUGAGAGAGACAGUAAAAAUGAGGAUCUAAAGCCAUUUUGUUUGACCUUUGACCUUUAAUUCAAACUCAGGUAAAGAUUUUUCACACAGAUCUGCAGAUGAUAUUAGAUCAGGAAAACAUUAGACCAGAGAUUAGAUUAGAUCAUACCAAAUUAUAAAUGCAUUUAAACAUUAAAAGAUCAGACUUUAUGCUAGAGCAGAAAAUAUCAAUGAUUAGACCAGAUCAGAAAAAACAACUUUAGCCAGAUCAGACCAAACCAGAUUAGACCAGAUCAGACCAAACCAGAUUAGACUAAACCUGGUUAAACCAGAUUAGCUCAAACAAGAUUAGACCAGAUCAGACCAAACUACAUGAAACAAAACCAGAUCAGAUCAAACCAGAUUAGACAAGAUGAAACCAUACCAGUUUAGACCAGAUCAGAUGAAAGCAGAUUAGACCAAACCAGAUUAGACCAGACUAUAUCUGAUCAAAAAUGAAUUAUCUUAGAGACUAUACAAAACUCAAACUAAAAUACAUUACAGCAGUCCAGACCAGACUAAAUACCUGAUCAAAAACAAACUCAAUCCAGAUUAGACCAGAUCAGAUCAAACCAGAUUAGACCAGAAUAAAAAGGUAAUGGCGAUAAAAAUCAAACUAGACAUCAGUCAUCUAACGAGUAAAGGGUCAUGGUUAUUUCUACGCUGUUCAUUAGGACACGCCCACAUCCGAUUGCGUAAUGUUUAUCGGUGUUUUUUCAUUCAGCUGAUUCAGGAGUUUUGGACGUCAUUACAUGGUGUCUGUUUACUCAUUGGAUAGUGAGGUUUAGAUUAGACACAGAUUGACACUGUGUUGUGCGCUGUGUAAAAAGUGUUUAUUUUUUAAAGAUCACAGUGUUUCGUACAAUCGAUUAUUGACCAACAAAUAAAUCAAAACGUUGAUGUAUUUAUAGAAAAGUGCCGAUUUUUUCAGGACAAAUUUAUUUUCUGAACAUUUGUUUCUGUGUAUAUUAUUGUAUAUUAAUGUGUUUUCUAAAAGCCUGUGUGUGUGUGUGUGUGUAUGUGUGUGUGUGUGUGUGUGUGUGUGUGUGCGUGUGUGUGUGUAUGUGUGUGUGUGUGUGUGUGUGUGUGCGUGUGUGUGUAAGUGUGUGUGUCUUUUGCUCUGGUUUAUUGGCAGUAAUUCUCUCAGGCGUUAUGUAAGAAGACGUUUUGUAUUUAUGGCUGUAACAUAAUGCUUUAAUUAAUUCAUUCACUUCAAUUAUGUGUGUGUGUGUGUGUGUAUGUGUGUGUGUGUGUGUGUGUGUGUGCGCGCGUGUGUGUGUGUAUGUGUGUGUGUGUGCCCCUUAUAUGCCACACGUGCCUUGAAUUGCGCUGAGAUCUCAGUAUAAUUUAUUUCUGUGAUUCGUAUGUCUCAAUUUCUUUAUUGUUUCUUUUUUUUAAAAAAAAAAAAAAAGAUAAAUUAAUUAACAAAUUCAGAGGAUAAAAAAAAAUUAAAAAUUGUCUGAAUUGUUCUUGUUGCUUACACUAUUGACAUUUUUUUUAUACAUUUUUUUCUGACUGAAAAAAAAAUUAGUGUGUGCCGAAAAAAUUAAUAA